CCAAAUCAUUCAUGUCAGUGUAUAAUGUCACCCUCCCUUUCCAGCCUCUUGCAUCACAUUCUUCAUCAUUACUAUUUCUCAACUCAAAACUAAACCAGUCCAUAGAUGAAGAGGAUCACUAUGCAAUCAAAUCUACAACUUCUCUUCAUCUUCUUCUACUGUUGCAUUGUCUUUUGUGAUGCUUCAGUUUCCACAGCAUUACCAAAUGAAUUACCAAAUGAGUUAUCCACAUUAUUAUCCAUCAAAGCCAGUCUAGUUGACCCUUUAGAUCAUCUCAAAGACUGGACUUUUGUGUCUACAAAAACUGGUUUUCAGCAUUGCAACUGGACUGGUGUGUCCUGCAAUCCACAAGGCCUCGUCGAAAAGCUGGACAUUUCAAGCAUGAACCUCACUGGCCAUGUAACAGAUGAUAUCCAGCAACUUAGUAGUCUUACUCUACUCAACAUUUGUUGCAAUGCAUUUUCAUCUUCACUGCCUAAAUCACUGGCAAAUUUGGUUUUUCUUGAGAGCAUUGAUGUUUCGUUGAACGAUUUUGUUGGAGGCUUUCCCAGUGGACUUGGGAUGGCUGAAAACUUGACAGCAGUCAAUGCUUCCAGCAACAAUUUUGUGGGGUUUCUGCCUGAUGAUCUUGGCAAUGCAACAGGACUUCAGAGCAUUGAUUUUCGCGGGAGUUUCUUCCAGGGGUCCAUUCCAAAAUCUUUCAAGAACUUGAGGCAUUUAACUUUUCUUGGACUUUCUGGUAACAAUCUGACAGGGAGGAUUCCAGAGGAGCUGGGCCAACUUUCUUCACUGGAGACUAUGAUUCUUGGAUACAACUUCUUCGAAGGUCCUAUACCAUCAGUGUUUGGUAAUUUAAGCAAUCUUCAGUAUCUUGAUUUGGCAGUAGGGACCUUAACAGGUUCCAUUCCAGCUGAAUUGGGUAACCUCAAGAAACUAACCACAUUGUACCUGUAUCAGAACAAUUUAGAAGGGAAAAUUCCAUCUACAAUAGGAAACAUCACUUCCUUGAUGUAUUUUGAUGUGUCUGAUAACCAAAUCUCGGGGGAGAUUCCAGAGGAAAUUGCAAAUUUGAAGAACUUGGUGCUGUUAAAUGUUAUGCGCAAUCAACUUUCUGGCCUUGUUCCAGACAAGAUAGGUGAGUUGACUAAACUAGAAGUUCUUGAACUAUGGAAAAACUCUUUAACAGGUCCUUUGCCGAUGAACCUUGGGAUGCAUUCGCCGCUGAGAUGGCUAGACGUGUCUUCGAAUUCAUUUCAUGGGGACAUACCAGAGGGGCUGUGUUUUUUAGGCAACUUGACUAAACUCAUUUUGUUUAAUAAUUCUUUUUCUGGUGCAAUUCCUUUAGGUCUGUCAAAUUGCUCUUCACUAGUUAGAGUUAGAAUUCAAAACAAUAUUUUAUCCGGUACAAUUCCAUCAGGAUUCGGAAGCUUGCCAAAACUUCAAAGAUUAGAGAUGGCGAACAACAACCUCACUGGACAUAUACCAGAUGAUUUUGCUUUCUCUGAGUCACUUUCUUUCAUCGAUGUCUCCUGGAACCACCUCAAAUCAUCCUUGCCUUCAAGAAUUCUCUCAAAUCCUCAACUACAAACUUUUGCAGCUGCGAAUAAUAAUUUGACAGGCAGCAUCAAGAACCAGUUCCAGGAAUGCCCAUCUCUUUCAGUUCUUGAUCUGUCAAACAAUUACUUUUCAGGGAAAAUUCCAAAGGGUAUAGCUUCAUGUGAGAGGCUAGUGAAUCUGAAUCUUUGUAACAACCAAUUGACAGGUGAAAUUCCAGUACCAUUAGCUACAAUGUCGGCACUUUCCAUCCUGGAUCUGUCAAGAAAUUCAUUGGUGGGAAGAAUUCCUGAAAGUUUCGGGAACUCACCUGCCCUUGAGAUGCUCAAUCUAUCUUUCAACAAGCUCGAGGGUCCUGUACCAACCAAUGGUUUGUUAGUGACAAUGAAUCCAAAUGAUCUUAUGGGGAAUUCUGGACUUUGUGGUGGAAUACUCCCCCAAUGUUCUUCUCAAAGAAUGAAAAGUACAGUGCACACAAGGAAUGUUCAUAUUCAUCACAUUAUCCUAGGAUUUUUAGUUGGAAUGUCUGUGAUUGUGUCCCUGGGUCUCAUACUAUUUGCUACAAGAUGGGCAUAUAGAAGCUGGUUCUUAUACAGCAAUCUAUAUAUUCAUUGGUUCAAGAAAGGAGAUUUGGAGUGGCCAUGGAGACUUGUAGCAUUUCAGAGGCUAAGUUUCACCAGUCCAGAAAUUCUAACUUGCUUAAAAGAAUCAAAUGUGCUUGGAAUGGGAGGCAGUGGAAUUGUCUACAAGGCAGAAACUCAUCGUCCACACUCUGUUGUUGCAGUUAAGAAGCUAUGGAGAUCGAAUGAUCCUGAUGUUGAAAGUGGAGAUGAUUUAUUCGCAGAAGUGAAUCUUUUAGGAAGGCUCAGACACAGAAACAUAGUGAGACUGUUGGGAUAUCUUCACAAUGAGAAGGAUGUUAUGAUGAUAUAUCAGUACAUGCCUCAUGGUAACCUUGGCGAGGCCUUGCAUGGGAAACAAAGGGGGAAGAUGCUGGUAGAUUGGGUUUCUAGGUACGAUGUUGCUGUUGGCGUAGCACAAGGACUAGCUUAUCUUCAUCAUGAUUGUCGACCUCCAAUCAUUCAUCGCGAUGUCAAGUGCAAUAACAUUCUACUGGAUGCCAGUUUUGAUGCAAGGAUUGCUGACUUUGGCUUGGCAAGAACAAUGCUGAGGAAGAAUGAGACCGUUUCUAUGGUAGCCGGAUCCUACGGAUAUAUUGCACCAGAAUACGGUUACACACUAAAGGUGGACGAGAAGAGUGACAUCUACAGUUACGGCGUGGUACUACUAGAGCUUCUCACUGGGAAACAACCAUUGGACCCUGGAUUCGGAGACUCUGUGGAUAUUGUGGAGUGGAUCCGAAAAACAUCAAGCAACGGGAAACUGGAUGAAGCAUUAGACCCUGAGAUAGGAGGGCAAUGUAAACAUGUACAAGAAGAGAUGCUGCUGGUUCUCAGAAUUGCACUCAUCUGCACUGCUAAACUACCCAAGGACAGGCCAUCAAUGAGAGACAUUAUAACAAUGCUUGGAGAAGCAAAGCCAAGGAGGAAAAGUGUUUCUCUUAACUGGGGUCUUAACAAUUCUAACAGAGAGAAGCCAGUUUUCAGCAACUCACCAGUGAUGGGCCUUCUGUAAGCACAAGUAUACAGUGCAUAUAUUUAUUUACUCAUCAUUGCAAAACAGGAACCAUUGCAAGUCAAGAUUAGAAUGUUUGCUGCUAUAAGCACACACAAAUCAGUCCAAAAUGGUAUUGGUUAUGUUAUUCAAAAUUGUCUAGAACUAUGAAUAACCAAGUGUACAGUCUUUUUCCCUCACAAAAAAGAAGUAUAUAUAUAAUCUUUUCCUGCCAUGAUAUUUCUUUUGCAAUAAAUU